AUGGUGGCCAAGAGGGUAUGUGCCGGAAAGAUCGGACAAUGCGAGGAAAUGGUGGCAGAAGAGGAAGAGAUGGAUUCAGAGAUCAAUCGGAGAGUGUUGAUGAUGCAGAAGAGGUAUAUAAGCUACGAUACUCUGAAGAGGGAUAUGAUUCCUUGUAAUAGACCUGGGGUUUCUUAUUACAAUUGCAAGAAUGCUGGUGAGGCUAACUCUUACAACAGAGGUUGUGAGGUCAUUACAAGGUGCAGGGGUGUUAGUGACAUCCAUGCUUGA